UCAUCCUUGGGAAGGAGUGUAAUUCUUUCUAUGAGCAAAAAAACAUCAAACAGCCUAAGACACUAAUUUUUUUUUGCCUCAUUUUAAUAGUAAGAGCAGAAAGAAAAUUUGAAAAUCUCAAGCGCAAGGCUGAGGUUAUGUUGCCUUUCAUUUUACUGCAGUGGAUACUGAAUUGGUGAAGAAAAGGGUAAUCAGGUUGAAAAUCCUUAUUUUGCUUCUGAUGAUCUAUUCUCUGUUUCCUUGGAAACAGGGCUGGCAGCCGCAGAGUUGCUGGCAUGAUGUUUUCUUAUUUUCUUCUCAAGCUUUGAAGCAUCAAAGAAAAGGCAUUCGUCCAAGAACUUUGGAAGAAAUGGAGUUUGGAAUGAGGAGCUGAAGCAAUAUGCACCUGAAAAUCAAAAUUAUCUCUGUAAAUAUGGAGAUAUGGAAACUCUUCAAAAUCAAUCAAGCCGUUUGGGAAUCGGCUGUGAAAACCUGAGCGAAACUGCCUCCCGGUUAUGUGGUCCCAGCUUCCAAAAGGAUGGUUUCUGACGAGCCAGGCAAAUCAGCGCCAAACCCAUCACUCAGAUUGGCACUCCCCCUGUACAGGCCGCCUCCACCCUCCCUCUCCGGUAGGCUCCAAGGCCCCGGAGCGGCGGGCGGGCUGCGCGCAGGCGUACUGCGCGGCGGGCUCGCGGGAAGGCUGGCGACGCGCACGCGCGCCGUGGCUGAGGCUCGGCUCCGGCGCGGACGGCCGGGCGUUCUCGAGCUCGCUGGGUCUGGGCUCCCGGCCCCGCGGCGGCGGCGGCGGCAGCACCACCAUGUUCCUUCACUCAGUCAACCUCUGGAACCUGGCGUUCUAUGUGUUUAUGGUCUUCCUGGCGACCGUGGGGCUGUGGGAUGUCUUCUUCGGCUUUGAGGAGAACAAGUGCAGCAUGAGCUACAUGUUUGAGUACCCGGAGUAUCAGAAAAUAGAACUUCCAAAGAAACUGGCAAAACGCUAUCCAGCAUAUGAAUUAUAUCUUUAUGGAGAAGGAUCCUACGCUGAAGAACACAAAAUUCUCCCUUUGACGGGUAUUCCAGUUCUCUUUCUUCCUGGGAAUGCUGGAAGCUACAAGCAAGUUCGUUCUAUUGGCUCUAUUGCACUUAGAAAAGCAGAAGACAUUGACUUCAAAUACCACUUUGACUUCUUUAGUGUGAACUUCAAUGAGGAGCUGGUGGCACUGUAUGGCGGCAGUCUUCAGAAGCAGACCAAGUUUGUACAUGAGUGCAUUAAAACAAUUCUUAAACUCUACAAGGGUCAAGAAUUUGCUCCAAAAAGUGUGGCAAUAAUUGGUCAUUCUAUGGGUGGCCUUGUUGCAAGAGCAUUGCUCACAUUGAAGAAUUUUAAACAGGAUUUGAUAAACCUUCUCAUCACACAAGCCACACCUCAUGUUGCUCCUGUGAUGCCGUUAGAUCGUUUCAUUACAGAUUUUUAUAUGACUGUAAACAACUAUUGGAUUCUAAAUGCUCGACACAUAAAUCUAACCACACUUUCUGUAGCUGGAGGGUUCCGGGAUUACCAAGUUCGUUCAGGACUGACCUUUCUACCAAAAUUAAGCCAUCAUACCAGUGCCUUAUCUGUUGUGAGUUCAGCAGUGCCUAAGACCUGGGUCUCAACAGACCACCUCUCCAUUGUGUGGUGUAAACAGUUGCAAUUGACUACAAUUCGAGCUUUCUUUGAUCUUAUUGAUGCAGAUACUAAACAGAUAACUCAAAAUCCCAAGAAGAAAUUAUCAGUUUUGAAUCACCACUUUAUAAGACAUCCAGCAAAACACUUUGAGGAAAAUCCAUCAAUAAUUUCUGACUUAACAGGAACAUCUAUGUGGGUUCCAGUAAAAGUGUCCAGAUGGACUUAUGUGGCUUAUAAUGAAUCUAACAAGAUAUAUUUUACAUUUCCUCUUGCAAAUCAUAGAAAAAUCUACACUCAUGUCUAUUGUCAGAGCACCAUGCUGGAUACAAACAGUUGGAUUUUUGGCUGCAUUAACAGCACUUCUAUGUGCCGGCAAGGUGUGGAUUUAUCAUGGAAGGCUGAAUUGCUGCCAACAAUUAAGUUUCUGACCUUAAGACUUCAAGACUAUCCAUCUUUGUCUCAUCUUGUUGUUUAUGUACCAUCUAUUCAUGGAAGUAAGUUUGUUGUAGAUUGUGAAUUCUUUAAGAAAGAGACAAGAUCCAUACAGCUUCCUGUAACACAUCUCUUUUCAUUUGGAUUGUCUUCAAGGAAGGUGGUUUUAAACACAAGUGGACUGUACUACAAUAUAGAGCUUCUGAACUUCGGACAGAUAUACCAAGCGUUUAAAAUCAACGUGGUAAGCAAGUGCUCAGGAGUCAGAGAAGAAAUAACUAGUAUCUAUAAACUGCAUAUUCCAUGGUCUUAUGAAGAUUCAUUAACCAUUGCACAGGUUCCAUCUACCACAGAAAUUUCUCUGAAACUUCAUAUUGCUCAACCAGAAAAUGACAGUCAUGUGGCAUUAUUGAAAAUGUACACAUCAUCAGACUGUCAAUAUGAGGUUACAGUUAAGACUUCCUUUCCACAAAUACUUGGCCAGGUAGUUAGAUUCCAUGGGGGAGCUCUGCCUGCUUACGUAAUAUCUAGUAUUCUUCUCGCAUAUGGAGGGCAGUUAUAUUCUCUUUUCUCAACAGGUUCUUGCUUGGAGUAUGCUGUUAUGUUGGAUAAAGAAGCCAAACCUUACAAAGUUGAUCCUUUUGUAAUUAUGAUUAAGUUUCUUUUGGGAUAUAAAUGGUUUAAAGAAAUCUGGGAUACAUUGUUGUUACCAGAAUUAGAUGCAAUCGUCUUAACCAGUCAGAGCAUGUGUUUCCCCCUUGUCUCUUUGAUUCUCUUUUUAUUUGGAACUUGCACUGCCUAUUGGAGUGGUCUAGUCUCUUCCACAUCUGUGAAACUGCUCUCUUCACUGUGGCUAGCUUUGAAAAGACCCUCUGAACUUCCCAAAGAUAUCAAGAUUUUACCACCAUACUUGCCAUUUUUGACAAUUGUUUUGAUCAUAGUUAGUUGGACAACUUGUGGAGCACUUGCCAUACUUCUUGCUUAUUUUUACUAUGUGUUUAAGGUUGUUCAUCUACAAGUAUGUCUAGCAACUUUUAAAAAUAAUCAGCCUGUGAAUACAAAACACUCUAGAAGAAGUGAAAAAAAGUCCAAUCAUCACAAAGAUGCUACGGUACACCACCUUCGUUUAUCUGCCAGUGAUGCCGAGGACAGUCUGCGCAUGCACAGUACCGUGAUUAACCUGCUCACAUGGAUAGUGUUACUCAGCAUGCCGUCUUUAAUCUACUGGCUAAAGAAUCUCAAGUAUUAUUUUAAACUUAAUCCUGAUCCUUGUAAGCCUUUGGCAUUUAUUCUUAUUCCAACCAUGGCAGUUCUUGGAAAUACUUACACUGUUCCGGUAAAAUCAAGUAAAUUGUUGAAGACUGCUUCGCAGUUUCCACUUCCUCUUGCCGUUGGUGUGAUUGCUUUUGGGUCAGCGCACUUAUAUAGGGUUCCAAGCUUUGUCUUCAUUCCUCUUUUACUUCAUGCAAUGUGCAACUUUAUGUAAGGUUGAACUUAAGGACUCAUGAAGAUGAUGAAUGCCUCUAGAGUCAGUAAGAAGAGUGAACCUACAGAUUGAUCCACAUGUACAGCAAGGUCCUUUGGAGAAGACAGUUCUAUUUUUACAGUAUUGGAAAUAGGAAAUUAGUUUUGUAAUGCUUGAGAAAAAUAGUUGAAGCCUGGUUUUGUUUUGUUGUGCAACAUCCAUACAUUAGUCAUGUUUGAAAAAUCAGUGAAAGGAUAUGGUGGCCACUGUCUUUGAGGGCUGUAGUACAUCACCCACCAUUAUACUUCAUCAGCCAUACCAGGGAUUUUCAUGUAGAGACUCCAUAGUUAGGAUAUGGUUUGUAAUCUCAUGUCAACACUCUGCUCAUUUCACCAAGCUUUCUAAGGAAGUGGGUUAUUUUAUAUGUAUUAUGGCUUACAUAUUGAUAAAUGUCUUAAAAGAUUAAUGAAAUGUAUAGCUGUUUGGUUUCUCACACGUGAAAUAGAUACUAAAGUGUUUGGUCAGUUUAUGUCAGUCAUGAUGAAUACAGUAGAUCUUU